UUUUAAUAAAAUUUUCUCCUUUGAUAUUAUGCAUGAUAUAAAUUUUCAAGAUUUUGAAAAAUUAAAUCAAGAAACAACAAUGAUGCAAGACAUGAUGCUUCAUCCUCAAGAACAUCAUCAACUUUUUAAUGUACAAGAAGAGAUGCCAAGCCCAAUAAAUGAUCAAAUUUUGAAUUUUUGUGAAUCUGAACUUUUUUCAGAAAUACAAAAUUCAGAUGUUGCUUCUACCUCAAAUAAUUCUUCUUAUAGUACUAGCACUACAACAAAUUUCGAUCUAAAUAGAAUCGAGAAAAAUGAUGAAACGAUCACAAAAACAGCUAUGAGUAAUGUUAACAAUAAUAGGUCGAUGAUAUUUGACACACAGGAUGAGAUUGAUAACGAUAUUUCAGCAUCAAUAGACUUUACCCCAUCCGCGAAUUUCACUGUUCCUGAUCAUCAUUUUUUACAACAACAAGAGGAGCCAUUCGACGUAAAUUGCUCUGUUAUUCCCCUGUCUCAUCAUCAUCUUAUGGGGCCUUCAUUAUACGAAGAUGAAUCGUUGACAUCUCUCCCUCCUUACAUACGAGGAGUGACGAGUACUCCUUCAUGCGCAUUUCUUGAUCAUAAUAUGGUGAAUUAUCUUCAAGGAAAUAUCAACAACACAAUAUUUGAUGCAGCUGCUAAUAGUCAUGCAUUGUUCUUUGGAUCUCAACUGCCAAAUCAAGAAAUGGAUUAUCAAGGAGAAAAUGGUAGAAUUUUUUGCCAUGAUUCCUUGUCAAGAAUCUAUAACAAUGAUAUUCAGGCAUUGAGCAAUGAGAGUCAACAUUUGGUUAGUGGUGGUGGUUGUUCUAACACUUUGGCCACAGAAAUCACAAGUUUUGAAGAUCCUAACUUCAAAUCUGGUAGGUGUUCAGUUGAAGAAAGGAGGGAGAAAAUUCAUAGAUACAUGAAGAAAAGAAAUGAGAGAAAUUUCAGCAAAAAAAUUAAGUAUGCAUGCAGAAAAACACUAGCAGAUAGUAGGCCAAGAGUGAAGGGAAGAUUUGCAAGAAAUGAUGAAUUUGGUGAGGCAAGUAAAGCAAAUUCUUGUGGUACUAUUGAAGAGGAUACAAUUAGUCAUGAAGAUGUUGGACUCAAUAAUAUAAUGUAUCAUCCAAAUAUGGUUACAUCUUCAACACAUCAUGACAACAAUGCCACAAUUUUCACCUCAAAUUGUCAUGUACCAACUACUAAUGGUCCCUAUGAUAUGUGCACACCUCUCUAUUGUACAGAUGGUCAAAUGCACUAAGUUAAAGAGUUCCUAUAAAGCUCUACAAUAUGCUCCUAUAAGUUCUUCCUCUACAUAUAACAAGUAUUAGGUGGUGAAAGAAGAAGAGGUGGAAUUCAUUAUAUAUAUAUAUAUAUAUAUAUAUAUAUUAUUGGUGUGAUGUG